CUAACUUGUCACAAACAGGCAUGAGCGAGGAACAGGUGAACAACGUUACCCAGGGCGUCAAGACGCUCAUUUUGGACCCCGUCACGGGUGAAAAGGUGUCCAAGACUGAGUUAAAGAAGCGUGAAAAGCAACGUCAACGCGAGGCUGCUAAGGCUAAGAAGCAAGCCGAAAAGGCUGCCAAGGCUCCUGCUGCUGCCGCUCCUAAAAAGAAGGACGAGGAGGAUUUGGAUCCCGCUCAAUACUUUGAGAACCGUUCCAAGGCCAUCAACGAGCUUCGUUCUACCAAGAACCCCAACCCCUACCCUCACAAGUUCCAUGUGAGCAUUAACGUUCCCGAGUUCAUCGAGAAGUAUGCUUACUUGCAAAAGGGUGAGACUCUCCCUGAGGUCAAGGUUUCUGUUGCCGGACGUGUCCACGCUCUGCGUACUGCUGGUGCCAAGCUUCGUUUCUACGAGAUUCACUCUGAAGGCAAGAAGCUUCAAGUGAUGUGCCAAGCCCAGGAUGCUGAGACCGUUGACUUUGCUGCUCAACACGAGCACAUCCGUCGUGGUGAUAUCAUCGGUAUCAUUGGUUACCCCGGUCGUUCCAACCCUAAGGGACGUGCUGAUGGUGAAUUGUCCGUCUUUGCUCGCCAAUGUGUGUUGCUUAGUCCCUGCCUUCGUAUGCUUCCCAAGGAGCAUUACGGUUUGAAGGAUCUCGAAAUCCGUCACCGUCAACGUUACUUGGACCUUAUCAUGAACAACUCGACCCGCGAUCGUUUCGUUGCUCGCAGCCGUAUUAUCCAAUACCUUCGCAACUUUUUGGACAAGCGUAACUUCAUUGAAGUCGAGACUCCCAUGAUGAACAUGAUUGCCGGUGGAGCUACUGCCAAGCCCUUCGUCACUCAUCACAAUGAUUUGGACAUGGACUUGUACAUGCGUGUCGCACCCGAGUUGUACUUGAAGAUGCUUGUUGUUGGUGGUCUUGACCGUGUGUAUGAGAUUGGCCGUCAAUUCCGUAAUGAAGGUGCUGACUUGACUCAUAAUCCCGAGUUCACGUCCUGUGAAUUUUACCAAGCUUAUGCCGAUUACUACGACCUUAUGGACAUGACUGAGGAGCUUGUGUCCAGCAUGGUUAAGGAGCUCACCGGUGGUUAUGUUUUGCCUUACCACCCUGAAGGCCCCGACGGUCCCAGCUACGAGCUUAACUUUGCUCGUCCCUGGCGUCGUAUUCACAUGAUUGAGUUCUUGGAGGAGAAGUUGAACGUCAAGUUCCCUCCUGGAGAUCAAUUGCAUACUGCUGAGACCAACGCUUUCUUGAGAGAUCUUUGUGCUAAGCAUGGUGUUGACUGUGCUCCUCCUCAAACGAAUGCUCGUUUGCUCGACAAGCUUGUCGGUGAGUACAUUGAGUCUGAGUGCAUUAACCCCACUUUCAUCAUUGGUCAUCCUCAAAUGAUGUCUCCUCUUGCCAAGUACCACCGUUCUCAACCCGGUUUGUGUGAGCGUUUCGAGGCUUUCGUUGCUACGAAGGAGCUUUGCAACGCUUACACCGAGUUGAACGAUAUCUUUGAUCAACGCGCUCGUUUCGAGGAGCAAGCCCGUCAAAAGGAUCAAGGUGAUGAUGAGGCUCAACUCAUCGACGAAAACUUCUGUACCGCUCUCGAGUACGGUCUCCCUCCUACUGGUGGUUGGGGUAUUGGUAUUGACCGUUUGGUCAUGUUCUUGACCGACAGUAACACCAUUCGUGAGGUUUUGCUGUUCCCUCACAUGAAGCCCGAGGUGAAGUCGAGCGAGCCCGUCGUCGCCAAGGAGUAAGUGUACGAAUGCUGCUAAUCGUGUGUAUUUCUCGUCUCCGCUAGAUGUUGGUCUAGAGGUUGAAGAUGUGCACCAUUGGCUUCACUCUUCCAUCACUUUUUUGUUUAGCUUUAGAAAAUUUGGGAUGCGUGUACUUCGUUUGGUUUCGUAUUUUGUUUUGGUAGAGCCUGUUUGUGAAUGGCAACCACUGGUGAUUUAGUCUGAUGUAAGGGUGAUACAUUCGUGUGGAUUGCGCGAGGAUUAUCGUUACGUG